AAAACAGGGCAGCUGGAACAAAGCAAGCUCAGCCUCUUUGCUUCCUAGGAACAACCUGGGCACAGGGCCUUGGGCAGGAGCUGAGAGCCACUGGCCAGUGCCCUGGCUGGGCAAGCAGGGCCAGAGCCCACCCCACAUCUUCCCAGACACAGAGGUCCCACUACCCUGGGUAAAGAAGAGAGAAAAGGGCAUUCAUUGCUGUCCUCUUCAUUCAUGCUGCUGUUGAUUCAAUUUCCUAUUGGAUCUAGCGCUGGCAGGAUCACGGGACAGCCUGCAGCGAAUGGAACAGUCCAGGGUAGGCUGACAGAGACCAUACCCCUGGCCAGGUGGUCGCAUGAGCAGUGGGAGGUGUGGGCGACCAGCUGGCCAGGGCUAUUAUCACACCAGCUCAGUGAGCAGAAUUCCUAAUAUCAAGGGUGCCAUGGUGUUUAGUACACCUGUGGGUAAGAGGGAGGGAGGGAGGGAAGAAAGGAGAAUGCCCAUGUGUCUACCCUUUCAUGCAGGGCAGCUUGACCAAAUCCAUCUCCUUCCUCGCAGAGCCCAUUCAUGAUAAAAAUCCAGGUUACAGGAGCACUACUAGCCUUAGAGCAUGGCUGAUGGGCAGUGAGCAGUUCAUUCAGAGGCAGGGUCCCAGCCUCUCUCACAGAAGCCAGGAGAAGCCAGCAUGGCUGGAAGUCAAGGCAGGGCUGCCUCUGGAUCAUGGCUCUGUGACUUGCUCCCUGAGGCCACUCUACUUGGCCUGUUUCCUGUCUGCAAAGAGGGAAUUAUAAUACUGGCAGCUGUUUUGAGGCUCAAUAAAGCUAACAAGUGAAGCAUAUGCCAAGACACCCUCAAACAGUCAUUUGCUCCACCUGCAGCUCCUGUCCUGGUGGUUGGUGAGUCUCACCCGGGCCUCUACUUUGCUUCCCAGAGCCAGGUGAGGGCGGCCUCUUGGAAAGGUGUGCUCUGGUUAAGCUCAGAGUCAAAGGGCUGCGGGGAGGAGCCCAGGAAGUCAGCCCUUCCAGCUUCUCCCCUUCCAUCUGGGUGGCAAGUGGCAGAGCUGGGACUGGAACCUAGGCCUGAUUUCCAGCAGGAACUCCAGGUCUCAGCAGUGCCUGGGGGACAUGUGGCUGGGACGCCUGUGGGCUGGGCUACUAGGAGCAGGGUGGCCUUAGGAAAGGCAGGAAACUCUGGAGCCUUUGUCCUCCCUGCUGGUGGACACUACUCGGACUUCUCACGACACUGGAAUGCAGAUCUGGAAGGAACCUGGGGCACUACUGGUUCUUGGGGCAUCACACGGCAGGUUCCCUGUAACUGUGUGUGAAACUGAUUAACAUCCAUCUGGUCCACAUGAGCUCCAGAGUGAAUCAGAAGAGAAACCUCUUUCGCGGUGCUGCGUUUGUGGUUGGCUGUAUUUGAAAACAUCUCAGUAAGGUCAGGUUUACUUGUUCUUGGGAGAAGUGGGCUGAGGCUGGACAUGCCCAUUGGAGAAGUCAGCCCUGGGGAGGCCACAGCCUAGGUCACUGCAAAUGAAGCCCUCCGUACGUGAAUCCCCGGAAUGAUUUGUUUCCCUAUUCUGGAAAAGCGCACACACAAACACAGCAAAGCCUGCACUCAGUGCCUGCAUGCACCCAUUCUUCUGCUGUGUGUGGUGAGCAUCUGUGACCAUUACUCUGAACUCUUCACCAGGAAGACUGGAGGUGUGCUUCAGUCUGCUGUCUGCGCAGUGCCCUGGGGUAGUGGCCUCAGAGCCUCUGAUUGUUCCAGUCCCGAGGAACUCAGCAACACCAGGCCCCGGUGGUCACAGGGCCUCUCCUGCACAGACUGCAGACCUGCUGGCUCCAAGGGGGCAACUGGGGAGCCUGGGGGUGAGCACGCUGUGAAGCCAGCAUGGAAGCUGGAGGGUCUGCAGCCAGCACCCCCCCGCUUCAGCUGGGCAGCACCUGCCAAGCUCACUCACUCCUGCCUCCUAGCAAGGCAGCAGGAGGGCACCAAGUCCAAGCUCACCCAGCUGUGCCCGCAGGAGAGGCGAAGAUUGCAACCAUGGCAUUCUUCAGCCUCUGUCUCUGUGGGGCUCCAGAUGUUCUGGCACAGCUCCUGGGGGCUGGGGGUCCUAACACAGGCUCCUAAACCCUGCUGCUCCAGGAGGAGAGCUGGACAUCUCAGAGUGCCCCCCGUGGUGUGUCGCUCUGCUGUGAGGGGUUUCUGGAACAGCAUAGAAGAUGCGUGAGCCCAGAGAGCAGAGGACUCGUGGAGCACUUGCCUUUUUCCAAAUAACAAGCAAAUGCAUAUAAACAGUGUUUGCUGCAUGACUAAA